UUCGUUCAUCUUAUUCUCCAUUAUUUCUUCAAAGACCGAAAGCGCCUCUUCCUUCUCGCCUCUGCAAAACACCCAGAAUAAAAAGCAGAGAAAAGCAGCCUCUGCAAAUCUUGGGACGUGGGUUUCAGUUCUUCCAAGCAUCCUUGCGACCGAUCAAAGUUUUGGAUUCUCUAGGCUUGUUUGGUCCGUGAAGAAAGAAAGAAGAAGAAAUGGUUGAUUAUGCAGGAGCUGCUGUGGGAACAACAUUCGGCGAGCUGUUCGAGCUCGUUAAGCACCUAGUGAUAACUAUUGCUGCGUUUCGUGGCCAGCUAAAGAAGAUCGAGUCCACAUUGAUCUCCAUAGCCCCAAUCAUCGAUGAGAUCGACAAGUUCAACAAUCAGCUGGACCGUCCGCAAGAGAUGGGUCCUAUCAAGGACCUAUUAGAGAAAGGCAAAGGACUGGUCAACAAGUGCUCGAAGAUCCACAUGCUCAACCUGUGCAUGAAGUAUACGCACUCAAAAAAGCUGACCAACUUCAACACGGCAGUCGAGGAGAAGUUCAAGAUUUACAUGCCGCUGGUGAAUGCGAGGAAUGGCACGAAGGCAUUGGUGGAGUUGGAGCAGAUCGGGGGAGAUGUGAAGGAGAUUGGGCAAGACGUGAAGGAGGUCAAGGAGUCAAUUUCCAUGAUAGUGAACACCGGUGCCCUCCAGAGCGGGUUUGAGGCUUCGGGCAACCUUGCAGUCCCUGCGGCGCCCCAUUUCAUUGUCGGGUCGGAGGUGGAGGCAUCCUUGAGAAAGCUCAAGGAGCAGUUGCUCGAGGAGGGAGUGUCUGUGAUUGUUGUGACCGCCCCAGGUGGGUGUGGGAAGACCACUCUGCUUAAGAAAUUGUGUCAUGACGCAGCAAUUGAAGGCAAAUUUAAGGCCAAAAUCAUGUUCGUCGCUGUCUCAAAGAAGCCCAACCUCAUAGACAUUGUCCAGAAGAUGUAUCAACAUAAUCAGUGCAAGGUACCCAUGAUUGAAACAGAAGAUGAUGCAGUUCGCUGCUUGCACCAACUGCUCAACGCAAUCGGACAAGAUCCUGUGUUGCUUGUGCUGGACGAUGUCUGGAAAGAAUCGGAAUCCAUCGUCGACAAAUUUGUCAGCAAUGAUAUCAAACAUUACAAGAUUGUGGUGACAUCAAGAUAUUGGUUUCCUCAUUUCAGUCCUGUACAUCACCUGAACCCACUGACUCAUGGCGAAGCCGUGGAACUUUUUUGUCGAUGUGCAGUUGAUGAUAGAAUGAUGGGUGCACCAGAUGCUAACCUCUUGGAUCAGAUGGUGAAACACUGUAAGCGAUUGCCAUUGGCUAUUACAGUCAUUGCCAAGUCUCUCCGAGGAAGGGAUUAUUCAUACUGGAAAAGAAAGCUUCUUGAAUGGUCUGAAGGUCAUUCCCUUUUUGAUUCGGACACUGACAUUCUAGCUUGCCUCAAGAAGAGCUUGGACGACUUGGAUGAUGACCCUUGCCUCAAGGAACGUUUCAUGGACCUGGGCUCAUUUCCAGAGGAUAGCAAGAUCCCUGCUACUGCCCUGAUUGACAUAUGGGUGGAAUUGUACAAGCUAGAUUUCGAUGGCGUGCGUGCCAUGACUGACCUCCAUGAUCUUGUUUCUAGGAACCUAGCUGAUCUCGUAGUCACCAGGGGAGAUUCAAGUGACGACAACGAAUCUUACAGCAGCCACAAUUACAGCAGCUACUAUGUUCAGCAGCACGAUCUGCUCAGAGAACUGUCUAUUAUGGAGUGCAACGAGGGGGAAAUAGAGAAGAGAGAGAGACUCAUUCUGGAGUUUAAUGAAAAUAAAUUUCCUGACUGGUGGAGCAAGCAAAAACUACAACCUGUCGGUGCUCGUCUAGUGUCCAUCUCAACAGAUAAAAAAUUCUCAACACCCUGGCCAAAUCUUGAAUUGCCUAAAGCUGAGGCUCUUGUCUUGAACUUCCAGAACGACAUGCAAUCCAAAACUUAUGCAUUGCCUGAAUUCAUUGAGAAGGCAGAAAAACUCAAGGCCCUGAUAGUAACAAACAACAGUUUCUUUCCGGCUGAGCUACGCAAUUUCCAUGUCAUUGGGUCCAAUUUAAGGAGGAUCCGCCUUGAGCGCGUCACAGUUCCUUUCCUAAGCAUGGGAAAAAUACGCUUGCACAGUUUAGAAAAGAUAUCCUUUUUCAUGUGCGACAUCAGUCAGACUUCGACAUCGAACGACGCCAAAAUCUCCGAUGCAAUGCCAAACUUGGAGGAGCUCAACAUUGACUAUUGCAAUGAUCUUGUGACAUUACCGGAUGGCAUCUGUGAGAUAAAGCCUUUGCGGAAGCUUAGCAUCACAAACUGCCAUAAUUUCUCCGCUCUCCCUGAACAAAUCGGGCAAUUGGUGUCCCUUGAAGUGGUUCGACUUAAUUCCUGCACAGCAUUGUCGCGAUUACCAGACUCGAUUACAACCCUCGAAAACUUGAGACUUCUCGAUGUGUCAGAUUGCCUGAAUCUGAGCGCCUUGUCUGAUCAAAUCGGUCGACUGGGUAAUCUCGAGAGGAUAAACAUGAAAGGAUGUCCGAGAUUGUCUGUGUUGCCACGGUCGAUCGUGCAGCUGAGGAACUUGAGGAAGGUGGUCUGUGAGACAGGGAAAAAAGUCAUGUGGGGGCCUCUUAAGGACACACUUCCUAGCUUGCAGAUAACUCCGUUUGAAAAAGUACAUAGCUUAGAUUGGCUGGAUGAUUAAGACGGGGUAAUGAGUGGAUUUUUUUUUAGCGGUUAUCGAAGGUUGUUUUUUUUUUUUAACUUUUUAAUAUUGAUGUGGACCGACCAAUCAUAUUUUCUUUACUAUUUUCAAGUCGGAAAUUUCUUUUCUU